GUGUAUAUUUUUGUUUGAUUUAAAGUGAUUCAAUUUCAUCGUUCAUUUUCAAUCCAUUUGAUAAUUAAAUGGAUGUAAAUCAAUUAAUAUUCAGUGAUUGAUCAAUCAUCAUUCAUCGUCAUUAUUUAUAAAAAUCAAAUAAAUUCCAGUGUUAGAUAAUAAUUGAAAAGGAGCGAAAAAAAAUCGAUAACAAUCAAUCAAACAAGCAAACAGUAGCAGUGGCCACGAAAUGCAUCCAGCAACUAUGGCUAUGGCGGCUAAAAUUGGUAUUUCAUCACCAUCAUCAACAAUAACAACAUCAUCAACGCCAACGAUGAUAUCGAAAAAAUCAAAAAUAAAACAAAAAGCAUUACGAUUAUCGAUUGAUUUAAAUUUAUCAAACGAUGAUUCGAAAACAUUUUAUCCACAUUUUUCGUUGAAAAAAUUGAUUUCUGAUCAUGAUGAACAAAGGCAGAAUAAAAAGAAAAUGAAAAAUAAACAAUCAUCAUCGGUGGAUCAUGAUCCAAAACGGCCACCAAAAUUAUUUGAUGAUGAAGAUUCUGAUGAAGAAGUGGCAAGAAUUGCCGCAUCAUUUGAACAAAAAUAUGGUUCCUGUUAUGAUGAUGGCUAUAUUGAUAAAGGCGAUGGUUACGAUGAAAAUGAUUCAUUUGUUGAUAAUUCUGAAGCAUAUGAUGAACUUAUUCCACAUAAUAUGACUGCAUUACAUGGUGGUUUCUAUAUUAAUUGUGGUGAAUUAGAAUUUAAACCAAUCGAUGAUGAUGAUGAUAAUAAUAAUAAUAAUGAUGUUGAUGAUGAAUUUGAAAAGGCAAAUAUUUUACAAAAAUUAAAGCGAAAACCAAAUAAAAUUGAAGAUGAUGAUAUGGAAAUGGAAAAUAAUCAUAAUCAGAAUCGUAGUCGAAAACAAUCGAAACAAGCAAAAUUAUCAUCACAAUCAACUUUGAAUGCAACAUCAUCGUCAUCACAUACGAAAUCAUCGAAAGAAUCACAAUCGACAAUACCAUCAUCAUCAUCGAAUGUUAUGUCGAAAAAAUUGAAUAAUCAAACUGCAAAUCAUCAUAAUGAUAUUAUUGGUCAUUUAGUUGAAACAUCGUUACUAUUUGAACAACAGAAAUCCACCAGUGGUAAAAAAGUUCCAUCAUCAUCAUCAGUUGAUAAUCAGAAAAUCAAAAAAGAACCAUCAUCAUCCAAAUUGAAUGCUACAAUAUCAACAACAAUGAAAAAGAAUGCAUCAACCACCGAAUCGGAUGGUCAAACAACAACAACAAAGCAACGAAAAUCGAGUAAUAAAAUUUCUGUAUUGGACCAAUCAUCAUCAUCAUCAUCAUCACUUAUCAAGCAACAACAACAAGCUGCUGCUGUAAAUUCAUUUGUUGCACAAAAUCUAUAUCAUCAAAUGAUAACGGAUAGUUUACUGGGCACUAUAUCUGACAACAACAACAACAACAACAAUCUAAAUUGUCAUCAUCAUCAUCAUCGUCAUCAUCUACGACAACGAAUCCAUUCAUCACCAUCACAAUUGAUACAAAAUUCAGCUCUACUUAAAGCUAGAUUGUUGAGUUUAAAAACUCCAUAUGAUAUUGUAUCCAGUAUACCAAUAUCAAAACCAAUGAAUAAAAAAGGAAUCAUUACGAAUGAAUGGAAUCGUUUUCUCAUCGAUGUCUAUCAUAAAACAGCAACAUCGGCGAAAAAUCGAACCAAUAUUUAUGAAUAUUUAGCCAAAUAUAUUGAUGAUGGUAUUUCUGGAGAGGCAUUAUGUAGAUAUUCGGAACGUUUAUGUCUGGAAAAUUCAAUGUUACCAUUAUCGUUACAAUCACAAAAAUUAUCAUCAUCAUCAAAAUCAAAAUCAUCAUCAAUACAACAACAACAACAAUCGUCAAUACAAAAACAACAGUCAACAACUGAACAAGCUAUUAAUCUUAGUACAUCGAAUAAUAGUCAACAACAAUCAUCUUCAUUUAAUGAAGGAUUGGCUGGUAAAUUAAUGGUCACCAAUAAUAAUAGUGGCGGUAGUCCAAAUGAUAAUUCAUCAAUUUUGACAAAUCGAACAGCAACAAUUUCCAAUAAUCAGAUGAAAUCGUCAAGCAGCAGCAGCAGCAAUAAAUCCAAUUCAUUAUCGAUUGGAAAAAUCAAACAACCACAACAACAAUCCGGUAUUCAUGAUCCAUAUUCAAUGUCAAAUCAUCGUGGUUUAGCAAUGCUUCAAUCAUUAGCCUGUUUAGCAUCAUCAUCAACAAAUUCUACCACUACCUCAUCAUCUUUAUCACCAUCGGCAUCAUCAAUGCUUCUUGGUUCUGGAACAUUAUCAUCAUCAUCGAAUAAUAAUAAAUCAUCCCCAUCAUCGAUACGAUCGGCUACAAUAACAUCGAUGCCACCGCCACAGAUACCAUCACCAUCAAGUUUACUUUCCGUAUCAUCUACAAAUCAUUCACAACAGCAGCAACAACAACUUCGUUCAUCAACAACGACACCGACAACAUCGAUGCCUCGUAAUAUGAAUGUACCGAAUCCAAAUUCAUUAUUAGCGGCUUUCGGCGUAACGAAUCUUAAUACUAGCGGAUCAUCAUCAUCAUCAUCGAAUAGAUCAAAUUCGAAACAAUCACCAUCACCAUCAACAACACAAUCACAAUCUACAUCGAAUACAACAGUCACACGUAAUGAUAUUCUUUCAAGUUUUUUUCAAAUACCCGACAUGUUUACUAAUGCCAAUUUAAUAAGCCAUUUUCUAAACAAUUCACCAUCAUCCUCUCCAUCGCCAUCAUCACCAUCGAAUAAUCGAAUAUCACCAUCACCAUCGCAAUCAUCAUCAUCGAUGACUGUGAAUAGUAAACAACCAUCGAAUCAAUCCACAAGUCAAAUGAUGAAUAAAAAUCCUUCAUUAUUAUUGAAUAACCAAACACCAACUUCAUCCACAGCAUCAUCGGCAUCAUCUGUCAAAAUAUCACCAUCAUCAUCAUUUUCGGCAUCAUCAUUGAUAGCAAAAUCACCACCACCACAACAACAACAACAACAAUUAUCAUCAUCAUCAUCAACAACAACAACAACACAACCAUUAUCUUAUGGUCAACCAACAACACAGACAUUAAUAAAUUCGGUUGUAAAUUUCAUUAAAAAUCCUCAACAACAACAACAACAAAAUGCAUCAUCAUCAUCGAAUAAAAUUGGAUUACCAAAUCAGCCUAGAUGAAUAUUGAAAACAAAAAAAAUCUUAAUCUUUCACCUGUGUGUAAAUAUUUUCACAACAAACAAACAAACAACAGUUCCAAAGAAUUUAAAAAUUCUUAUCAUAACAAAAAAAAAUAACACACCCAAG